UCCUUCUCUCUCUAUCUUCUUGUUUUUAUUCUUGCGUGGCUUCUCUCUCUCUCUCACUCUAUCUUAAUGAAUGGGGCCAAUUCAUUCAUCUCCAUUUCUCUGCAGAACUGCUUUUCUUUUUCGUCCUUUUUCUGGGCUUUUGGGACACACUCUCUCUCUUUUAGUGGGUUCUCUCUGAUGUUGGUGUCUUUUAUUUUCAAAACCCAUAUGUGUUUUAGAGCUUUAAAUCUUUGUGGACAGAGAGGGGGAGAUUAUGAAUCUUGUUGGGGUCUGAAACUGUGAAUCUCAGUUUCUUGGGGUUUGAGUUCUUGGAGAAAACUCCACUUUUCUGUUCAUGCAAACAAAUUAACCCCACUUUUUUGUGUUGGCCAUUGUUUUUUUUCUUUUCAUUUCUUUUAUGACCCUCUGAAAGGUGGGGAUAAUGCAUGAGUCCUGUUGGCUUUUUCAUCUUAUUCUUUUUGUUAAAGACGAAACAAAGUUUUUGGCCACUGUUUCCUGGCUUUUUUGACAAUGCUCUUUUUAUGGAGAAACAGAAAACCAAUGAUUUCAUGUGAACUUUGCAUUGCAAUGGCUUCUUUUGUAGUUCUCUGAGAAAAGCCUACAUGUAUUUCUCAAUCAAAAUUCAGUAACAGACCACUUUAUAUUUUGAGUAGGGUGAACGAUUUCUCAUCUCUGAUCCCCUGGAAUUUCACUGAACCUGCACGAAAAUUCUUGACUCCAAUACUUUGCUUUUAUAAGGUUUUGGUGAAGAAAAUAGUUUCCUCAGCUGGUUUGUCUAUUGAUAGAUAAAUGCAAGGUUGAAAGCUACUCUUCGAAUCAUUGCAGGUUGGUCAUCUUUUUUUCAGCCUACCUUCUGCUGAUCCACGUGGUUUCAGACACGCACGCAAACACACGAGUACAGAAGAAAAUAUAUUUUGAAGCCUCUAAAACAUCUUCAAGGUUCCUGGUGGAUCAUCUCAGCAAGAUAGAAUGAUCAUGAGGACGACAUAAAAUAUAUAGUUGCAGCAAGAAAAUUUGUGCAGUGGUUUUUGUUGUAAAAGUGUACAAAAAACGUUGAAUCAAGGAAGUUUGUUAUAUAGUGAAAUUAAAUUGGCUUAACAGACAAUUGAAGCUUAAGAACCACAAAUGAAGAAGCAGCUGCUUAUGCCCGAGCCCAUGUGAUUUUUGUGCCCACUAUAUGAUGGAGAAUGAUAUGUUCAGCAUUUCACAAGCAAUGGUAAGCCGAAAUCCUGUGGUUGUUGAUGGGAUUCCAUCGCAGACAGCCCCAAAUUCAAUUGUUGAAUCCAACUCAUUUAACCCCAUCAACCAAAAUCAGACACUAGCUGGAUUUCCAGUGCUUCCAUCAGCGCAAGGAGAAAUUAUCAGUGAUCUCUGUGCUGAUCUACACAUAACUAGUCAUGCCAGGUUCUUCGACUCAAAUGCAUUGGUUACAUCUCUUGGAAGGACUGUUGUGAGUGACGUUUCACUCGGCAGUUCACCUUCAGAAGAUAAUAUGGAGUUUCAGGAUCAAUUCAUGGGCAGAACAGCCAUCUCUUCUACUCCACCUGCAAAGUGUGUUCUUCAAGAAAACUUAAACCAGUUAGAAAUCAUAGCACCUUCCAUGUACCCUCUGGAUGUCAGGACUUACUCUUCAACUAACUGUUCUGAUGGCAUAAAUUCUUCCCUGGUAACCUCUGUGAACUGUGUAUUUAAUGAAGCACUUGGUAAUUUGAACAAUAAGUGGGAUUUUGAGAAGUUUCCUUCUCCUCUGGAGCUUGUUGGGAAACCCCCAUUGAGAACGGCAUUUCAACCAUAUACAUCAAUAGGAUGUCCGGAUCCAAACCGGUGGAUUUCAUCCAAUGGGGCAAAUAUGAGCAUAGAUUAUCCUUGUGGUUCCUCUAAACAUAGUAAUGAGCUCUCUUUAAGUCUUGCCACAUCUCUGCCUGCUGUCAUUAGCAGUAACAUUAUACCUGAUCAGUCCUCUGAGAUAAACUGUUCUGGUGCAAAUCACUUCUGCUUGAAUACAAGAAGGUUAGGCUCAGAACAAACUUCUUGUAAUGCUAAGGAGCUUUCUCUGAGUUUUGGUUCUUAUGAACCAGUUCAAGUAUCACACCUGAUAUCAGGAUCAAGAUAUCUUCAUGCAGUUCAGGAAAUACUUGCUCAAAUUGCAAGCUAUUCACUGGAAAAUCUAGACCAGAUGAGUGUUGGAGCUGGAGCAACCAUUCCAUUCUCCUCAAGCUUUCUAGCAGCGAGAGGGAUGGCACUGAUGGAUCCAAAUGAGCUUCCUGCUAUUGAUGGUAAUUCUGAGGUUCAAUUAGAGCCAGAAGUACGAAAACAGACUGUUGAGGCAAAGAAAACCCAACUUCUGACUCUACUGCAAGUGGUUGAUGACAGAUACAGUCAAUGCUUGGAUGAGAUCCAUACGGUUAUAUCUGCAUUCCAUGCUGCAACUGAGUUGGACCCUCAAGUGCAUGCUCGUUUUGCUCUACAGACAAUCUCUUUCUUAUACAAGAACCUGAGAGAGAGGAUCAGCAACCAAAUCCUAGCUAUGGGAGCAAAUUUUGACGGUGGAUGUACUAGAGUCAGGGAAAAAUCUUUUCAGAAUUCAUUCAUCCAGGAGCAAUGGGCACUGCAGCAGCUAAAGAAAAAAGAUCAAUUAUGGAGACCGCAGAGAGGGUUGCCUGAAAAGUCUGUCUCAGUUUUACGUGCAUGGAUGUUUCAGAACUUUCUUCACCCGUACCCUAAGGAUGCAGAGAAACAUUUGCUUGCAAUUAAAAGUGGCUUGACAAGGAGCCAGGUGUCCAACUGGUUCAUCAAUGCUCGUGUUCGACUGUGGAAACCAAUGAUAGAGGAAAUGUACUCAGAGAUGAACAGGAGAAAGGCUCGGCAAAAUGAGGAGGGAACCCACAGCAACCACAGAAGCCAGAUAACCAUCAACAAUCAAAGAUUUAACAUCAAUUGAAGCUGAAGAAAGAAUCAAGGGGACAAAGAAUUCGACCGUGUUUCAAUAGGAAAGAAACAACACAUCCACCUCCAGGUUACAACUGUACAUAAUGCCUCAUAUAGUUGGAGCCUUUAGCCUUAAGGAUAUAAUUCUAUCAGUAAUUAGUAUAUAUUCUAUUCAAACAGUAAACCCUUUGUUGAAAAUAUUAUGAAUUCAUAUUAAAGUACAUGGAAUUAUUUGGUAUGAAGACCCUGGGGGCAUACUUUUGUUCAUAUGCAUGGGGAUUCCUGGGUCACCAAUAUUGUACUUAAUGAUGUCCCUGAAAUUAAACAAAAAAUACAAAUAUUAGUAGUACAGCACAUGAACAUGAUAGAUUGGCGGCUAAAAGUUGCUGCUCAAGAGUUAUUGAUCCUCCACGAUUGAACCUGAGGAUGUGUACACC